AUGUGCCUCGGUAUCUUGCUCUCAGUGCUUAGUGUUGCCUCUCUGGUCACUGGCCAGACUGCCAGAACAAUCACAUUCACGAAUCAGUGCACCGGUGAUGUCUGGCUCCAACCUACGAGCGGAGCUGCGGGAACUUGCUCUUCCGGAUGUCCUGGAGGGUCCACCUGUGCUGGGGACGGCAACCCUAAUUGCUACUGGAACAACCCCACCCCGAACACAGGGAGUUUCCGUGUCCCCAAGGGAAGCAGCAGUGUAAUUACUUAUCCGUAUUAUGCUGGUGUCAACACCGCCUGGAACGGGAACUUCGCUUUCUGCCAGGAUGGUACGACAUGUCAGCAAACUCUAGCAAAUUGUGAUGCUCACGGUUGCGGCACCACCGGUCCCUAUGCCCUUGCUGAGUUCAACCUCGCUGUGACUGGCUCUGACUUCUACGAUGUUUCCAUCAUCUCUGGUGUCGCAGUACCUGUCUCCAUCACGCCCGAGGUUGUUGAUUCGACGAAUACGGUUUCUGGCAACCCAUACACUUGUGGCAACCCUGGCAGCCCGAAUCCUGAUACUUCUGGUUUGGGCGUCAGCUCCUGGAACAUGGCGCCCCCCUCCAGCGUCUACCAAUGGGUGACCUCACCCUCGCUCACCAGCCCUCAGGGCUGCACAAGCAAUACCAAUUGCCCCUCUGGCCAGGUGUGCGGUGUAAUCAACCAGAAUGGCCAGCUAGAGGAAGUAUGCGGCUACCUCUCGGGUUACUGGAGCGAGGGUGCCAUAUGUGGCAGCAGCAUCCCCACUAGUCUCUUCAACUGUGCUCAGAGCGUGACGAAUGGACCUUACACCACGACCAUAAGCGCAUUGCAAGGUUGCGGCGGCACGAGCGGCUCCUGCUACAGCGGCGGGGCGGACCAGUACUGCUGCGGUUGCACAAAUUGGAACACACUUCUCGGCACACAAUACGUCCCUUCCUCCACCGCCCAAUGUGUGAAUAUGAACCCAACGUGGCAAACGGACAUCCUCCCCACGCUCGAAUUCCUCAAAAAGGGAUGCCCAAACUGCUAUACGUUCCCGUAUGACGACUUCAGCUCGACGUUCACCUGCACUAAGAGCUACGGCAACUUCAACAUCCAGAACUACACUGUCACUCUCUGCCCUAACGGUGUCUCCUGGGGUGGGGUGGGAGGUGGGACCCCUCCUCCACCUCCGACAACAACGAUGACCUCCCCCAGCUCGGGCCCUACCGGGACGUGCUCAGGCGCAAACUUUGAUUCCGGGACCCAGGUGUGCGACAAUGGUCACAUAUGUCCUUCCGGCCAGUACUUCUGCGGCGGCGCCUGUUAUGCGCCUACCUCCCAGUGCUGCAGCAAUAAUGCACUCUCCAGCACAUCUAGUGAGUGUGCUUGCUCCGGACAAGCAUAUGAUGCCGCCACGUAUAUCUGUGACGUGGGCACGCUCUGCCCUAAGGGGGAUUACGCAUGCGGAGGAGCAUGUUAUUCUACUGCUUUGUAUGGAUGUUGUGAUGGAGCACUUACGGCGGCUGGACAGGGAUGUUGAGGGGAUUCUGGAGAGGAAAGGGAGUUUGGUAGUACACUUGCGGAACGUUUUUGAAGUAAAAGAUCCGGUUGA